GUGGUCUGCGAAAUACAAAUUGCCCUCCGAGUCCCUCCACUCCUUCGCUUCUUUCCGACAUUCUUUUUCACCACAUCCACCGCCCCUUUUCACAUCACCAAUCGCUCUUCACAAUGGCCCCUACCGCUUUGGAAAAGGAAGACCACGCGCGUGAUGCGCAGUUCAACAAGGCCAUGCACGGCAAGUCCUCUCAGGCGCAGGGUGGUUUCGCCGCCAUGCGUGGAAAGGACGCUGCCGCGCAGAAGGCUGCUGUCGAUGAAUACUUCAAGCACUGGGACAACCAGGAUGCUGCCGACGAGACCGAGGAAACUCGCGCUGCCCGUCGUGCCGAAUAUGCCACCUUGACCAGACACUACUACAACCUUGCCACCGACUUCUACGAAUACGGAUGGGGUACCUCGUUCCACUUCUGCCGAUUCGCCUACGGCGAGCCUUUCUACCAGGCCAUCGCUCGCCACGAACACUACCUCGCUCACCAGAUGGGCAUCAAGUCCGGCAUGAAGGUGCUUGAUGUCGGCUGCGGUGUUGGCGGUCCCGCUCGUGAGAUCGUCAAAUUCUCCGACGCCAACGUCGUUGGUCUGAACAACAACGACUACCAGAUCGAGCGUGCCACCCGCUACGCCGAGCGCGAGGGUCUCAGCGACAAGCUGAGCUUCGUCAAGGGUGAUUUCAUGCAGAUGAGCUUCCCCGACAACUCGUUCGACGCCGUCUACGCUAUCGAGGCUACUGUUCACGCUCCCGAGCUCGUUGGCGUCUACAAGGAGAUCAUGCGUGUGCUGAAGCCCGGCGGUAUCUUCGGCGUGUACGAGUGGCUCAUGACCGACGAGUACAACAACGACAACCCUGAGCACCGCAAGAUCCGUCUCGGUAUCGAGCAGGGCGAUGGUAUCUCCAACAUGGUCCGUGUCUCCGAGGGACUGGACGCCAUCAAGAACGCCGGCUUCGAGCUGCUCCACCACGAGGAUCUGGCGGACCGUGACGACUCCAUCCCCUGGUACUUCCCUCUGGCCGGAUCCUUCAAGCACAUGUCCUCGCCCUGGGAUUUCCUCACCAUCGCUCGCAUGACCUGGUGGGGCCGUGGUAUCGCUCACCGCUUCGUCGGCGCCAUGGAGAAGGUCGGUCUCUUCCCCAAGGGCUCGCAGAAGACUGCCGACAGUCUGGCCCUGGCCGGUGACUGCCUGGUCGCCGGUGGUGAGAAGAAGCUCUUCACUCCCAUGUACCUCAUGGUGGGCCGCAAGCCCGAGUAAAUUCAUUUCAUCUCCACCUCAUAUCCUAACCUCAAAAUCCUCAUGUGAAACGCCCUGUCCUGUACAAAAACCACGGUUUCCUCUGAUUUGUACCAGCAUCCUCUUCAUCCUCCUUAUUAUAGAUUUGGCGGUCUAAAUUCUUUAAUCUCGUGUCUCUUUUCUUCUCUUCUUUUUUUCUUUCUUCGAUCUCGCUCUGGGCGAUUCAUCUUCUGGUUCUCAACUGUUGUUAUUAUUUGCAUACCGCCAUCGGAUGCUAUGCUUGUAUGCUUUGUGUUUCAUUUGCGAUUUUCCUUUUGUCCAAUAUCCUACGAAUCACUGCUGUGUAUGUACAUGUGCCCACGGUGAUGAUUGACUUGCGUUAUCUUUCUGUUUCUCUACCGUUCUUCGGUAAAGAUAGUCUGUAAUGUGAGUGAGUCAUGAACGAAAG